AUGCUAGUUAUUAAAAAACGAACAGAAAAACCUCAAGCUGCUAGCUGCUGUGGUGAAAUAUUUCCUUCAAAUCGGUAACCCAGCUUCAAAUCAUCUCCCUCACCUUAAAAAUAUGAUCCCUAAACUCAGCCGUUAUUAUAAUAGGGAAAGUAAAAAGAUAAAAGCAGAAAAAAGAUAGACAAUAAUUAACUUACUUUUGAAAAUUUGAUUAAUUUUGUUUAAGCAGAUGGGUGUUUUAGAAUAAGUAAAGAAAUUAAAUCAAAAAUCAAUUUUAAGAAUCUUUCGAAUCAUUAAAAACUAAAAGAUGAUGUUUGGUUUACUUUUCUAGUGUUAUUAUACUUAGAAAAUAAUUUUAGUCAAAGUAAAAAAUCAUGGUAGUUAGUUUAUUAAAAGGGAAUAUAAUAUUUAUAAUAGAAUGGAAUGGAUUAUAAAGCAAAGAAAAAUGAAUAUAAAUUGUGA